AUGUCGAAGCCUCGCGUGGCGCGCCCUUCGGGAGGUGCCGAAGUGUCCCCGUGCCUCGCUAUCGCGCGCCACGAUUGAUCCAUCCACCGAGUUUGAUUUUAGAAGAAAAAACGUUCUUUCUUCCCUUCUUUCUCUCUCUCUCUCUCUCUCUCUUUCUCUCUCUCUUUCAUUCUUUUUCUUCCCCUUCGUUACAUCGCUUCUUCCGCCGUAUCACUUCCCGCUCUCUUUCGCGCUUCUUCCCGUUUCCCGCUCGAUUCGCUCAACAAGUUUCACGAUACCUUUUUUUCGAAGGAGCGUCGCGAGGAGAGUUCGCGGGCCGACGGAGAGGGCAACGGAGGGUAAAAAAAGUUUCGCGCUUCUCUUUCUCGUUCAGCGAAGGGAAGCGGCCGUAAGAAGCUCGCCGGGAAAACGCGGCUCUAGCCGCGCUCAGUGGACCCGAACGGAUGCGGAGGGCGGCAGAUGACGGAUCCGCGACCCGAGCGAGCCGGCGAGAGGAGGAGUCGAAUGAAAGUGAAAACGGGGGACGACUGCACGGCGCGUACUACGACUACCACUACUACCGUUGCUGCUGCUACUACCACCACGAUGUGAGGUGGGAGGAUGCGUCGCCCUUCAGGAGAACGACGACGACGACGAAGGGUGCGGGAAGACGAGGACCGGCUGCCGACGAGUGCCUCGACUUCUUCCCUGUUUCCCUAAUGCGCGCGGGGAGUCAUUUUGAUGGAGAAAUAUCCGAUGCCACGUAUAUACGGACCAUAAAACGCUCGAGAAACGGGAGGGUCCGUGAAAUGGCGUUAGGGACGAACAGGAAGAAUGUUCAUUGACGUUAGAACUCCUGCGUCCCCGGCGAGGAAGCGCUUCACCGACCCCGCACUGGAUUACUCAUAGGCGGACAAAUGUCUUCUGAAGGUACGACGCAUUGUUUUCGUCCCCCGGAUUCGCCGAAGUACCGCUGCAAACCUGGUGGUGGUGGAUUGUGUGUGCAAGGGCCCACCCUCUUUAGAAUUCCCCGUCCGUAAAGGAGCGAGAAGCUUGUCGAAGACAAAGGCACGGGGGGGUUGGCGCGCGCGAGAGGAGUGGCAACGACGAGGAGAGGCGAGCGACGUGGAGGUGGUGUGGUUGAGGGGUGGUGAAAAAGUGAGAGGGAGAUAAGGAGAUAAGGAAGAUGGGAGAGAGCUCGCCGGAUCUCAGCCUCCGGCUACGCCAGGGCAGUUCCGACUCCAGAGACUCCUUCUACAUGGACUUCGCUCAGGGUAUCGAUUCCGAUAUCGAGGAAGUGACGCGACCAGGCGACAAUAAUUCCGAUCCGAUGCUGGAGAAUCACCUGGAAGAGAGCGGGAACGACCUGCCGCCGAUCGAGGACAUCACGACGAUUCCGGAGGAAGCCUCGGAAGAAUUGAGGGAGGAGGAGGAGGCGGCCGCGUUGGAGGCUGGUUUACGCACGCCGGACGGUGGCACGAUUAGCACGGAGAUCGAGAAACCGUCGAUCACGACCACCACGCAGGAUUGGCCAGGGCUGCCGGUCGCUCUACCAUCGCCAGCUUCGCCAUCCGCGGUAAUCGUCUCGCCGGAAACGUUGUCUAGACACAGCAGCAGCUCACCCUCUCGCAUCCACCGGCCGCCCCAAUUCGCGUUGGCCCUGCCAUGCUCCUCGCAGCCGAUUCCGGCGGUCUGCUACCCAGCGCCGACCUUCCUCGAGGUCACCGACGAGCGGAAGUGGAAGAACCUUGGAUGCGACGCCCUGGCGACCACUUUGAGCGCGUUGUACGGGAAACUUCUGGUCGUGAUGGGGAUCGCCUUUCCCAUGGCGGAAGUAAUAUCCACGUACAUACCGCCGUCGUUCUACGAGGCUUUCUACCUCUACCUCUACUUCGGCAGCAUGAUCUUCCUCGUAUACAUGUACGCCAUGUUGUUCAGGGACGGCAAAUCGAAACCAAAAAAGCAGAAGGACGUGUGCGAUCUGGAUUCAUCGCGAUCGUCGAGCGGCGCCGGCGGCGACAGUGACGCGCCUGAGACCGGAUGCCCGCAUAUGAAUCCGGCACGUCCGGUCCAGCACUAUGGCAGCUUUUACCUGCGAAUGGGCGCCGUGGCAUUCGGCAUCGGCUCGAUGAUCUACUCCGGACUGGAAUUCGGCCAGUAUUUCGAGCUGGAACGCAACACCAAGUGUCACAACAUUAUGUUGGCUCUCACGCCCGCCACGAGAAUGGCCUUCAUCUUCAUCCAAAUGUACUUCAUAUUCCUGAACAACGAGCAAAUGAAAGUUUAUCGCCAUCGCGUUGUCGCGCGUUUCGGACUGAUGCACAUGAUCGGCACGAAUCUGUCAGUCUGGCUGAACGUCCUCGUCCAGGAGACGAAGCACGAGAUCCUCACCUUCUACAAUCCGGAGAACAACUCCCUCCGAAUCUCCCACCGGCUGGGCUCGAAGGGAGGACUUCACCUCGGCGGCCAUACUCACUCUCAUCACGGGGAACACGUGCGACUGCCGCGCGGUCUCAAAGGACCCCAUCACAUGUUCGAGUGCCGACGGACGAAUAUAAUGGGAUCGUUGGUGCAAGACGCCAGCCCCUUCCUCUUCCCGUGCACGAUAGAAUACAGCCUGAUUUGCGCGGCCAUUUUAUACGUUAUGUGGAAGAACAUCUCGAAGGCUGGAUUCACGCAUCCCAUUACGCCGCCGGGCUCGCGUCACCACGCGCACGCCUACAGGAAGUCCCCCCACCAUUACAGCGUGGACUGCGCCCGCGCGCACAAGGGCCUCUUCGUGGGCAUCCUGAUCCUGGUGCUGACCAUCAUCUCCCUGAUCCUCUUCUUCGUGCUCAUCUCGCGACCCGAGCUGGUCAGCCUCGCCGUGACCGAGGUGAACGUGUGCGAGCUCACGCUCUACGGGAUGUCCACCCUGGCGACGUUGAUCGGCAUGUUCCAGAUGCGCAAGCUGCGCUACGACGGCGGCAGAAACCUCGAGCUGGACAACAUCCUCCUGGUGGCCGCGCAGACCGGCAUGUUCAUCUACUCCACCUUCACCAUCAUCGGCGGCCACUUCACCCUGCAGAAGCACACGGUCCUAGUGUUGGUCACCGCGCUGGCCAGCGUCGUGCAGACCACCUGCCAGACCAUCUUCAUCCUGGACGCCUCCAGACGCUCGGUCGCCACCGCCGAGCAGAUACGGCGGAAGCCGGGCCGGGAGAUCGUGACGUUCCUCUUGGUGACGAACCUGGCCAUGUGGGCGAUCAACACCCUGGAGAAGUCCCGGGCGGAGUCGCACCCGGUGCAGCUGCACUUCUACGGCCUCUGGGCCUGGACGAUAAUCACCCACGUGUCGAUGCCGUUGGCGAUCUUCUACAGAUUCCACAGCACGGUGUGCCUGUGCGAGGUGUGGAAACGGGCCUACAAGGUCAAGCCCACCUACAUGUGACGCAAGGGGUCCCGCGAGGUCGUAUGGAAGACCGCAGGUGCCCCGCCACGGUUCUGCAGGAGCCUGCAGAGACUCGACGCCAUCGCGGAGAACGAUCCGGCGUAUUUCAUAUGAUCGAGAAAAGCCGAAUCGGGGGCGUCGAGGCCGCCUCGGGACGACCGACUGACCCGGCCGGGAGGAAUUCGCUCGGCCGACGGUCGAUGCGAUUUUCACGUCGACAGAAACGCGCUGGACGUUACAGCGCGCGAUCCACCACGUGACGCCACCGGUCUGUCACCGCGCGAGCUACGCUAAGGUUCUGUCAGAUUCCCGGAUACCUCGAAGAGCCAGCCGCAGCACAUAGAGCAAUUACAGGUUCAAAGGCCUGAAAGGACGUUGCCGGAUAUUACGUGUGUAGUGGAAACAUGGGUCGGAGUUAGAAAAAGAAUGAAAAGAAAGGAAGAAAAAAGAAACACGAACCGACGAGAAAGCACCAGGGGGGAAUAAAACGUAAACGAUAGAUUUCAGAGGUCAUUUAUCGGAAGUCGGUGUCUCUGGUUAACCUUGUACAGAUAAAAGCCAGUUCGGCAUGAAUGUCCGACGACUCCGCGUAGUAUCCUGCGCAACAUCACGUUGCGAAAGUCCCACUGUCACUUCCUAAACGGGAUUAGUCAUUCGCCGCUCGAAAUAUCGCUCGAACGAUCGCGAGUCGCGGGGAAUUGGUCGAGAAGAAGAGGAAAAAAAGGAGGAAGAGGCAGAGAAAGGUCGCCGAUCGAAUCGCCUCGCGGAGAAACCUUCGUUGCAAAUAUGCGAUAUCGCAUCGUCUUCUCUCGAGCUUGGCACUCGGCCACCAUUCCAAGGUUUCCACCGAUGAUUGAGACUCUACUUCGCCAUCGAUAUCUGUAAAUAGCAGUCUCUGUUAGCCACACCGCGUCGGAGGAAACGGGGCCGCGCGAAUUAACGAAAUUCGCGGUACGCGCAUUUAGAAGAGUCCCGGAUUUCCGUGUCGACAAAUGAUAAAUAUCACUCAGAAUUUAGCAGUCAAGGAUGCAAUAUAAAAUAAAAGCAAGCAAUUAUAUCACAAUUAAAGGAAUUGUUAAAUAAUUGCAAACGUUUCGGCUCUUCUCCGAAUUCUCUUCAGGAGGUUCUCUCACUUGGCCCUUGACUAUCAAAUUCUGAUUGGACAUCAAUAGAGCCAUCUCUAUAUUUCUAGGAAAAAUCGUCUAUGUGUAUCUCGAUAUCUCUCUAUCACUCGCCGUUUCCCACAGCUUUCGUCCUGAGCCGUGAGCUAAGAAAGCAGGAAUGGCAACGCGAGAUAGGAGAGAAUCAAAGUUCAUCCGCAUGAAAGAGAGUUCAAUCGCGAUAGAGCGGUAGAUAAACGAUCCCACUGUUAUCUUCUAUCGAUUCCACGAUAUCCUGUCAACUACGAAAGAGAGAUCAGAUGAUUUAGCUGUUCGAAGGUGUAGCUAUAUGUGGAAGGUAAUGCAAUCGGCGGUAUUCUUCAACAGGUCUGAGCGGUUAGGCCGACCAAACUUCUCGAUAUUGAACUUCUCGAUGAAAGUUAAGUUGAUACAAUAUUACACGUAGAUUCUAAACGCUCGUAUAUUUGAACGUGUUCCCCGAAAAUUCGACGGAUCGAAACGGAAGAAGGGAACGCCAAGUUAUAAGGAAACAAAACCGACCAAACGCACGACUGGUAGGUGGCGGAACGUCCACUCGUUAGAAGUAGAAAGGAUUAGAUUUCCUUAGAACCAAUCCGAUCGAAGCGUAGUCUUUCGAUUUUACGGGAACAAUGAACCUUCGUUCGAUACAUUUUUCUAGUUCUGAGAGAGAGGCCGAGAGAAAGGGAAGAGAGUUCAAUUUCCUCUCUCCUCGGAAGACUGAAACGAACGUCGGGAGAACGGCCGGAACACCGAAUCCUAAUCCACUUCGAACCGAGUCCUCUAAAUCCGCGUCUCGAAAGAGAAAGAGCCAAUGUCCGUUUCCUCAAUUUUCAAUCGCAGAAGUCUGAUAAUUUAUGAACAUUUCGGAAUCGUGAAGGAUUCACUCACCGCAACUGAAAUUUGGUUUCUAAUGAGUCUAACCGAUGUAAUUAGCGGAAAGUGUCUCAUUUUAAAAUGUUUACAAAUUUUGAGAUUUUUAUUACUAAGGAUCGAUGGAAUAGGCAUUGAUCGUUUACUUCCGAGGCACGGAAAAUAUACAAUUUUAUUGUUCGGUGCUCGCAAUCGAAGGCAUUUGAACGCUUUUACGGAUAUCCGUCUUCCACGUAGUACAAACUGCAGUUUAACUCUGGAACACUGGAAGGAAUAAAUUCUAACUGAGAACACGCACAAUAUGUGAUAGUUUAUAUAUAGUAUAAGAUAUAAAAGAAUAGUUCGAAAUUUUUUAAUCAAAGAUCGCUCGCUUUUCUUCUAGAGAAUCUGAAGUAUGCAGAAAUUUUAAUAAACAAUCAACAAACAUAAAACCAAUUGAAUGUUCUAGAGUUAAACCGACAAUCGUCGCGUCCAUUCCAAUGGUUCGAGAACAAAAUUGCGGCGGGAGAAGUAGAUUACGAGUACGUUCGAUAUAGUAACAGACAAUAUUUUGGUACAAUGGUGUUAUUCACGAGUUUUCGUGGUAAACCAAAUUAUCCUCCUUAUUGAGUGUUACAGUUUGUGAGACAACUGUACAGGUCCUAAAUCGUUCAACUGCGACGAACAAAUGGUCGCAUUAAUUAGAAAUAUUCUAACGGUGCGAUGACGCAAAAAAUCCGUUUUCCUCGAUUUCUUAUUCAGCAAACUCAAAGUCCCUACUUGUCUUACGAACUUUAUUUUGUCGAACGCCCAGUCCAUGUAAAGUCGAUAGAGAGAGGGAGAUCAUGUAGAUAUUAAAUACCUUAAUAUUUUGACCACCACGCCAUCCAUAUUUGAGUGACGCGUUUCCGCAUGGGCGGAAUCUUAUUGACGAAUGACGGUUCUACCUACUCAAUUAUGUAAGAAUGAUUCUAUUACAUAGUCAUAAGGAUAUCGCAUGAAAACGGUGAAACAUUUCCAAUACGAAAUAUGCUAGAUGUAUUAGAAACAAAAUUACUCGAGAUGGCACUUGUUUCGUACGAUUCGUGGGACUCACGCUGGCAUCCAGCGUGGCAGUCGAAGGUGUCAUGAGACGAAAAAUGAAAAUCAGAGAACUUGAAUUCUUUUAUAUCUAAGGAGAGAUGUACGCACAAAAAAAAAGGUAUACACUUACCGUCGUAGAGAGCACGAUUGAUUAAGGACGAAGAUAUUUAGCACUGCUGUUAACAUCAUGAUCUUACAACCGUACGGAUAUUUUUAUCGUCGAAAAGUUUGUAUCGUCAUUUAGAAAUUUAUUUCGAGCCAGACUCGGAGAGAGAACGGCCAGAAACAGAUCGACGAGCCCGAGUGUAUCGAGUAUCUGUAUCCCCGAAAAGCUCUCGUGCAAUCUUCAAGGAGAUGCGAUAGGAAACUAAAACGGAAGGAGACGUUCGGAGUAGAAACACCACAGUACAACGGCUGAUCAUAUCAUUGAGCCUUAAUCCGUCGAGAAGAGUGCUGUCCGAACUCUGAUAAGAGAUAAAGAGGGGAUCAAAGCCGAUCGCGGAGUCGAGCGCGAUCUCGAAACUGAAGCGACCUACUCGAGUUUCUUUCAUGCUCAACUGACAGGUGGUGUGGUGAUGCGAGAUCCCACGAAGAAGAAUGAGCGACAAAUGAGUCUAUCGUGUGAUCUCUGAUGAGUUUAUGUAUGUGUGUGUAUGUGUGUGUACGGCUGCGGUCCGAUUUACGCCUACGCACUGUAAGCGUUAUUCUAUUUGUAUUGUUUAUUACAUGCGACCAACGGAAGAUAGAAUGACGUUAAUAGAUAAAACGCGUAAAUCAGACCGCAACCUGUGCGCGUGUGUGUAUGUAUGCAUGUGUGCGAGUGUGUACGUGUGUGUGUAUGCGGGUGCAUGAGUAUACGAAUGUACGUUUGUACAUGGAACGAGAGCAAAGACAGAGAGAAAGGAGGGAAAGUCGAGAAUUUAAUGGAAAUAUAGGCACACUUAUAGGUAAUACGUAUCUCGUGCUAGAAGCUUCGAUAUCGAUUAUCGCCGUUGCGAACUAUAUAGUUAUAUCCGGUCGGUGCAGUCGAUUUUUUGUAAGAUAUCUCGUUUCUCCAAGACGACUGUAAAUAAACGGAGGAGAAUACACAAUAAAAGCAGGUUCUCUCGGUGUUUAGCGCUAGUUGUGUCGACAUGUUUCUUCCUAUAGUAUAUAUAUAUUAUAUAUAUACACACAUAUAUAUAUAUAUACAAGAUAUAAAUAUAUUUAUUAUUAUGUUGUUCUAUUAUAAUAUUUAUUACAACGUCUGACAUAGGAUUUAUAUACGCGCGACGUGUUACGUUUAUAUUGAGAAUCCUGAAGACUCGUGCCGGGAUCCCAUGUUCCUUCUUUUUCUUCGCUUCUUCGUUCGUUCGCGGUAUUCUUCCUAAUUAAUGGAGAACAGCGGAAAUGUCGAAACGGACGACGUGUCGGAGCACGUCGAUGUGAAGAACAACGCUGUCAAUUGAUGCUACAACACAAAAACAGACUCUCUGAGUAUAUGUUGAAAUUGAGGGACGAUUGAAUUCAAUUGUUACAGCUGAAUUGUUUGAACAGAAACCUGUCUAGAUUUGAUCUCUAAGUAUUGCAAGAGAGUCUCCUUCUCUCUCUCUCUCUCUCUCUCUCUCUCUCUCUCUCUCUCUCUCUCUCGCAGGACAUUCCUGUCCUGCGUUUCUCGCGUGCACAUGGUUGAUGCAUUUUCGCGAUCUCGGCAUGAGUUUUCGCCGGAAGAAACGUGAAAUCACAGGGCGAAAAUCACGAAGGACGCAAUUCGCAUUUUUUGCAAGUGAUAUAUAUAAAAGAAGAAAAGAAAAAGAAAAAAAGGAAAAAGAAAGACCCAACGGGAAUGUUCUCUUUAUUAUAUCACAUCUCUAAACUAUACUUUUUCUAUGUCCGCAUAAAAUCUAGUUCCUACGCAAUGUUUGUACUCUUAUACCCUUUGUACUAUUUGUACCUUACGAAUUGCAAUACACUCGUCCGCAAUAACGAAGCGUCUACCUCUCUUUAUUACCGCUCACCGUUACUCCCAUUAUCUAAGAUAGAAAGUACCAGAGAGGCAACGCGUCGAAUUGUUAAAACCGCAAACUCCAUCGGCGCCGCCGGCUGCCGGGUGAGAAAGCUACGUCGAGAUCGACUCCAGUCCCGGACAGAUUCGCAACACCUGAAAUCAAACUUUCUAGAUAAUGAGAGUUUGUUGUCCGUGCGACAAGCGGCCGUUAAUAAUGCGAUGGUAGCGGCGAAUAAUUGAAAUAGCGGCGAACCCGGCGGCACGCUCGGCGAUCGGGCCGACCCAAAUACCACGCGAUUCCGGAGUCGACUCCGCGAAUGCGUUCGUGAUCUCUCGUUGUUGAGGUAGGCCUUCCACGGGCCUUUCCAAGGUCAUCCGGUGACCGACCCUCAAACUGAAUCUAAUGAAGACGAAGCCGAGACUUUCUCUUCGCGGAAUCAAUUUAUCUCGCGAGAAUCGAAUACCCAAAAGACGUACAGAUUUUAGCUGACACACUGAGAAGAACAAUGAUUAAUCAUGCUAAAAUUAUAAUCAUUCCCGGCGCCACUUUGUACCCCGUGCGAUUCUGAUCGAGGAGAGAAAAAAUGUCGCUCAAUCACUUACAUUUUGUUGUAAAUUCGGCGUUUUGCUUCCUCGAUUAAUUCACCGAACGUUUCUUUUGGAAUUACUUUCGAAAAAUUAAUAAUGACAGAUUAUUAUCGUCGUCGUGCACUUCAUUAUUGAGAGUCCGAAUCGCGUGUCGCGAACUAUUAACGUAUUUCGUCGCGAUUUGUAUCGGAGCGCGGUGAGUCGGCCGAAUUUUUCGACGGUCCCUGCAUUUGAGAAUACAAAUGUGGAGAAGCUGACGGCGAGAGUAUUUCAUGUCGAACAUGCUGUUGACGUAACAGAAGCGUUUCCCUGAGUGCUCUUGAGAGGUAAUUAGUCAAAUUGAUAAAUGGAAUGCGCGCUCUUAAUUAGGCCGGCAAGCGAACCAGAUCGACUAAAAUAAUUCACGCGAUAUCCGCAAACACCAAGAUUACUUCACGCCAAUCAAUUGUCUCGUUAACUCCUGAUUGAGGUCAGUACCGAAUGCUGCUUCCAAAUAUAUUUCGACAGCUUAAUUAACUGCAAACCUGCAGUAUCAGCAGUACAAAACAGUAUUAUAUAGUGUCUACUCUAAGGUUGUCGUUUUAACUUGGAAAAAAAACAUUAUAUAAAUCUUUACAUCACGGAAUUACGGAUCAUUUAAUCGAGAAAUCGUUAUCGUAAUUAAUCGUGCCAAUCUUAGGAAUAUAUUCAUGCUUAUCUAUUCUUAUUAAUUAGGUCAGGUCUAUAGAAAGUAGAUACUUCACAUUAUAAUAUUCAGUUUUCAUCGCU